AUGGUAUUGGGACUUAGUAUUUCACAACUUAUUGGCAUUGGAUACCUGACAGGAGGUGCUGGAGUUACAACACUCGGAUUUAAAUACUCUGAUGUGUUGUUGAGUUUCUUUGGUUCCGGUGUAGGUGCCAUCUCCAUCUAUUGGAUCUCCGAGUCAUACCCAUUGGCCACCCCUGUACAUAUUAUCGUCUCAUUCCUGGCCUCCUUGAUACUCUCCUUUGUAUUCCUUCGCUACAAACGUCUGCCCUGUGCCUUCAUCGGUCUGAUCACUGCCACUUGGAUGUGCAAUGCCAUUAUGUCCGUUGCACCCUUCUCCUCCAGCCUCCAGAUGGCCGUCAGCUCCCUCUUCUUCAUCUUCCCAUUGAUCUUUGCCCUGUCUCCAUUCGUUUGCUUGAUGACCUCUACAGCAUUCUAUGGCAGCUGGUGUAUCGUCUCUGGUGUCGAUCAAUUCAUCAACAGUGGUUUCCCAACAAUGUACUCGAUGCUCUUCAAUGCCAAGUGGAUGGAUGAUGUACAGUGCGGCCAGUCUACCUUCUUGUUGGCCCUGCUCAUUGGCUCGUUGACCAUGCUCUCUCUGAUCAUGCAGUACUACGUCGUCAACAAGUUGUACAUUGCAGAGAACUGGAAGGAUGAUCCAUUCGAGGUUGUCGUCACCGACGAGGAGAACCCAAUGGACAUCAACGGACUCGCCAACGAAGAGUCUCAGGACCUGCUGUCAAUCAACAAUGGUGAGACCCCAUAUUGUGACCCAACAGCAGUAUUGCACUCUGUCAGCAUUGACAAGUCAUACUACAAGGAGAAGAAGUCUGCUGAGGAAACUGUUCCUCUUGUAUAA